AUGAAGGCCGGCAUCGUGCUCAUGCUAGCGCCCGCGCCCGCGCUCGCCGCCGCCGCCCCCGUGGUGAUCGACUCCCUCCGCGGCAUCACGUACCACGGCCUGUCGCGCAACGCCGUCGACGUGUUCCUCAACAUCCCCUACGGCCAGGACACCAGCCUGGGCCAGCGGUUCCGGCCGCCGCGGCCGCACGUGCCCCCGCGCGGCAGCGCCGUCCACGCCACGGCCUACGGCCCGGCCUGCCCGCAGCCCCUGGGCCCGUGGGAGCCGCCCAUCUCGCUGACCAACGUGACGCGCGUCUCCGAGGACUGCCUGAACCUCAACGUCGCGCGGCCGGCCGGCACGCGCGAGGGCGCCCGCCUCCCCGUCCUGGUGUACCUGCACGGCGGGAGCUUCUGGUCCGGCUCCAACCAGGAGGCCACGGUGCAGCCGGACGCCAUGAUCCUCGAGAGCGUCCGCAACGGCCUGCCCGUCAUCCACGUGGCCCCCAACUACCGUCUAGGAGUCUUUGGAUUUGCCCAGUCCGAAGCCCUGAGGGCCGAGGGGUCCGAAAACGCAGGGCUGCGGGACCAGAGGCUCGCCCUCGAGUGGGUGCGCGACAACAUUGGCGUGUUUGGCGGCGAUGCUGGCCGAGUCACCAUCUUUGGGCAGUCGUCGGGAGGUCUCUCCGUGGGCAUGCACAUCCUGGCCUACGGCGGCUCCCGACCCGCGCCCUUCCACCAGGCCAUCGCCCAGAGCCAGGCCCUCGAGCCCGCCAUGACGGGCAACCUGACCCUCGAGGCCAUGCGGCUGCUCGUCCACCGCGCCGGCUGCAACAAGACGCACCUGCACGCCCCCGGCACCGUCCGCUGCCUCCGCCGCCUCGGCACCGCGCAGCUCCUCGCCGCCGCGGUGGCCACCUACCGGUCCGACGUGGCCCACAACAUCGGCGACGUGUGGCUGCCCGCCGUCGACGGCGACUUCCUGCCCGCCGCGCCCUCGCGCCUCCUCCGCCAGCGCCGCUUCGCCAACGUCACCGCCAUGAUGGGCUGGUGCCAGGACGACGUGGCCUUCUUCACCGACCCGGGCAUCGCGUCCGCCCCCGCCACGCGCUCCUUCCUCGCCGCCUACGCGCCGGGCCUGAGCGCGCCCAACCUCGACGCCCUCCUCGCCCUGUACCCCGUGUCCGACUUCGCGCCCGGCCGCCGCGCCGCCAACCCGUCGGCCGAGUUCUACCGCGCCGCCCGCAUCUUCAGGGACAUCCUCAUGACGUGCGCGCCCCUGGGCUACGCCGAGCAGCUCGCCGCCGCCGGCAACGCCGUCUACCUCUACGACUGGAACCAGACCGUCCUCGAUCCCUACCUGUCCCGCGUCCUCCACCGGCCCGGCCUCGGCGCCAUCCACACCUCGGAGCUCGCCUACGUCUUUGGCAACUUCUCGCCCUACGACACGGGCACGGGCAGCUGCCACCACCUCAACCCCGGUCCGUCCGACCACCGGCUCCGACGGCGCGGCUCCCGCUCCUGGUCCACCUUUGCCAGCACCGGCAGGCCGGGGAUCGAGGGCCACGACACGUUCCAGGGCUUCGCGCCGGCCUUCACCCCCGGCAACCAGGUCGACAUCUUUGUCGUUGGUCCGCACGAGGGCCUGUCGGCGACAGACGGCCCCAGGGCACAUCCCGCCAUGCUGGAGCAAAAGCUGCGCCAGAGAUGCGCCUUCAUCAACUCCCCAGAGGUAAUUGAUCAAUUAAAGUACUGA